CCAAAAUCAACUCAUCUCUCUAGAAGGAUCCUAAUUCCCUACCUUUCACCUAAUUUUCUUCUUAACAACCUCACUCCCCCAAAAAAGGUUCUAUUGUUCACCACUCUCAAUUUAUUCUACUAUUUCUCAGCAUCAUAACCAAUAUGGCUGCUGCAUUAAGUGCUUCAGUCUCUCUACAAUCCUCUAAUUCAACUUCUCUUUCAAUCAAAACCAUCUUCAUUUCCCCUGAAAAUAUCACUUUCAACAAGGUUCUUUUAUGCAACAGAAAUGUAUCAGUUAGUAGAAAAGUGUUUCACAUUAGAGCCCAACUCACAACGGAAAUACCUGCAAAGGUUGCGAAGGUAUCGAAGAAACAGGAUGAAGGUGUAGUUGUAAACAAGUUCAGGCCAAAGGAUCCUUAUAUUGGCAGAUGCCUUCUCAACACUAAGAUCACUGGAGAUGAUGCCCCUGGAGAAACUUGGCACAUGGUCUUUUCCACUGAGGGAGAGAUCCCAUACAGAGAAGGCCAAUCUAUCGGAGUGAUUCCAGAUGGUGUUGACAGUAAUGGGAAGCCACACAAGCUCAGAUUGUACUCCAUUGCUAGCAGUGCCCUUGGUGACUUUGGAGACUCCAAAACCGUAUCUCUGUGUGUCAAAAGGCUUGUCUACACGAAUGACAAAGGGGAAAUAGUUAAAGGAGUCUGCUCGAACUUCUUAUGUGACUUGAAACCUGGAGCUGAAGUUAAGAUUACAGGACCUGUUGGAAAAGAAAUGCUCAUGCCAAAGGAUCCCAACGCGACAGUUAUAAUGCUGGCCACUGGAACAGGAAUUGCUCCUUUCCGUGGAUUCUUGUGGAAAAUGUUCUUUGAGAAGCAUGAAGAUUACAAGUUCAAUGGUUUAGCAUGGCUUUUCUUGGGCGUACCGACAAGCAGCUCACUUCUUUACAAAGAGGAAUUCGAGAAAAUGAAGGAGAAGGCCCCGGAAAACUUCAGACUAGACUUUGCUGUGAGUAGGGAGCAGAUUAACGAGAAAGGUGAAAAGAUGUACAUCCAAACCAGAAUGGCUGAAUAUGCUGAAGAACUAUGGACAUUACUCAAAAAAGACAGCACCUUUGUGUACAUGUGUGGACUCAAAGGCAUGGAGCAGGGAAUCGAUGACAUUAUGACUUCACUUGCUGAAAGAGAUGGUAUUAACUGGGCAAAUUACAAAAAGCAGUUGAAGAAGGCAGAGCAAUGGAAUGUGGAAGUCUACUAAAGUUUUUGGUUUCUUUGUACAAAUAUGAGCAAAGAGUUAGUUUCUCUGCUCUGCAUUCAUGUAGGUUUGUAAUUCUUAUUUUUUUUUUUAAAAGAAAAAAUUCGUAUUUUACUUUUUGUUGUGACAGUGUUGUGGGAAUUAAUGUCCCUUUGAAAGUUGGAUUUUAAAGGGGUAUGGAUGAUAAACAUACUUCUGGAUGAACCUGCAUAUAUAUGAAACGUUUGUCCAUUUGAUCAUACUUGUGUAAAGUUGGAUGGAAAUGUAUUUCCUAUAAUGGCUUGUGCUUUAGUGUAUAAACAUGUAUAUCAGGAAUCAGGUGUAAUACUAAUUGAGACAGCUUGUUUGGAUGGUUGUUA